GUGCUUAUCGUGUGUCUGUGAAGACAAGAGGCUCCACCACCAUCCCAUGUCACUAUGAUCAGGAAUACAAAACCCAUGUGAAAUACUGGUGUAAAGGAUAUUAUUUUCAACGUUGCUCCCCUGUUGUACACACUUACCCUCCUAAGAGCACAGCUAAGGCCUCAAUCUCUGAUGACAUCAACCAGCGAACCUUCACUGUGAACAUGACUGAUCUGGAGCCAGAGGACUCUGGUCGUUACUGGUGUGCUGUAGAGGUCUAUGGUGAACCAGAUGUCAGGAUAGAACGAUUCCACCUAUCUGUGACUCCAGGUACUCCAGAACUCUAUGUGGACCAACAGGAGGUGACUGGAGUUGAAGGAGGGAGUGUCAUUGUAAAAUGUUACUAUAGUGACAUUGGAAAUACGGAGUGGUGUAAGAGUCAUGGCAGUGUCUCCUGUAUGUGGAUGAAUUCUGGGACUCUAGAUGGAACAUCAGUGACCCUACAGCAGACCACUGAUGCCACCAUAGGAAACAUCUUAAUGCAACCCAAGCUCCAACAACUGAACAAUCCUCUUUCUCUCCAACUGCUGAGCCUGUUCAGACUGACAACACAGUCCAAGGACCUGAGGGGGGCAAGGAGAAGGACACCAUGAGAUGGGGGAGAACAUUCUUCUACCUGCCAAAAAUUGGUAAUGCAGUGCUCUUCCUCCUGUGCACCAUCAUUGCUGUGGUAAAGUUCAGGGCAAACUGACUCUGUGGUGAAGUUCAGGGCAAACUGACUCCAAGGUAAAACUGAGGAUGAGUAGAAACCAGACAGGUCUCUCUGGUGAGACCAAGGGACAGAUUUACUUCUUGCACCUGCUUUUUCAGGGAUAAAACACACAAAAUAAGAAACUUUUUGUUUAUGGUACAUUUUACCUAUGUCUUUGACCUAAUUGGACUUUUUAGUCCAUAUGUUGUAGACCACAUUUGAUUGGUUUCAUAGUUUAUAUUUUUUACUGAAUCAUAGUCUUACGUAAUGUUAUGAUGAGUUUCUCUGGUAUCUCGUGCUUCAGGAUGUAAGAGAAUAGUAGAACACUUCGAUGGAGAGUUGAUUCAUAGUUAUUUAAUAGUUACAGUACUGGAUUCGUCUGACAAGCGGUACGGGCGUAGGCUAUUGUCAUCCGAAUCACUUACAUAGAAAAACCUCUCAGUUUAUAUCAUGCUUUCCGAGCUAAUUCCAUCCAACAGUUGCCAACCAUUGU